AUGGAAAGUAUCACAUCAGCAUCUGGGAUUAAUCUGAGUUUGGCCGAUUCGAAGACAUGGAAAAAGUUCUAUCCAAACACUGAAAUGAUUGUUACAAAGAGAAAGGGACGUGUGAUCUUCCCGCAUCUGAAUUACAAUUUGACUGGAUUGGAACCAAAUGCACACUAUGAAGUAUUCAUUCACCUGGAACGUACUGAUGAUAAGAAAUACAAAUUUGAUGCUGGAAAAUGGCAAGACUUCGGGAAAGGAGACAAAAUGCUUCCAAUUGAAUAUAAGCAACACCCAGAUGGCGCGCGUGCAGGAUCCCAUUGGAUGAAAGAGACUUUAUCAUUCCAGCAUCUUAAAAUCACUAAUAAUCCAGAGAACACUGAUAAGAAGCUGAUUGUAGUCCAAAGCAUGCACAAGUUCCGACCAGUGAUCACUAUCAAAAAGACUAAUGAACAGAUGGGAGAGCAGUUCCGAUUGAAUAUCACUGAAUUCUAUGUUGUCACUGCUUAUCAAUGUGAAGAAAUCAUCAGAUUGAAAGUGUCCCACAACAAAUUUGCAUCAGGAUUCCGGUCAAAUGGCAAGAAACGAAACUCAUUUGAUUCAGAUGACAAGUCACCAGAUGCCAAAAGAAGAUCCACGUCAUCAAGCUCUUCUUCCUGUAGUCCACCAACGGGCACACCACCAUCUCCAUGGGAUCAGCCUAUGAAUCCAGUUGCCCCAGUCAUGUUCAAUCAAUUCCAAUACCAUCAAAAUGGAUAUCCGAUGAUGCACCAGCAGCAAAACCAGCAGCAACAACUAUUUGAUUUCGCCGGACAGAACCAAUUUUGUAUUCCUCCAUACUAUCAAGCAGCACAGGAAUGGCACUGGAACCAAAUGAUCAAUCAAUUCAACAACGGAAACGCAGAGAACACUGCUCCAAACGGGUACACUGGACUCUGA